AUGAGUUACGAAGAAUCAGAACGGCUUGCAGAGAAAGCGGAAAUAGAAGAUGAAGAUUUUGAUGAUGUCAAACCAUUGCUACUGAUAAUGAUUUAUGUGAGUCCAGUCCGCCUUGGGAAACCACAGUUGUCGCCGCAAUAUUUCCACUUGGGCGAUUUAAAACGCUUCGGAGAUCGGCGGCUCGGCAAACGAAGCUCUUCAUUUCGAGUGAAUAAUGUGUCUUGCUUGUUUGGUUUUUAUUACGGUGAAACGUUUUCGGAUCUUGAGCAGCAAAAUAGCACCUUAAAAGCAGAAAUAAAUUCUUUCAAACGUCGCAUAGAAUCUAUAGAAAAAAUGUCCCGUAGCAGCAAUGUCGAAAUUCAGGCAGUUCCUGAAAAACGCUCUGAAAAUGUUUUAACCAUUGUGAAAAAUUUAUAUACAACAGUUAACCUGCCGAUGUCAGAUUGUGACAUUAUUGCCUGUCGUAGAGUGGCUAAAAUGUCUACUUCGUCUAAUAGACCGCGCAAUAUUUUGGUAACGUUGCCGUCGGUGCGUCAUCGAGAUAAUUUGAUUUCAUCAGUGAAGCGUUAUAACAAAACUCAUUCCAACGAUCAACUAAACUCUGAACAUGUAGGAGUGCCUGGAGAAAAAAGCAACAUUUAUGUGGCAGAACAUUUGUCAGCAGAAACAAAAGAACUGCAUGCAGCAACAAGACAAGCAGCUCGGGGCAAAUAUAAGUAUGUUUGGGUCAAGUUUGGAAAUAUUUAUGUACGUAAGGAUGAUAGCUCCCCUGUUAUACUUAUUAAAAAUAAGGAUAGUUUACUCAAACUAAUGUAGAAUUUGAUAUCUUUUUCAUAUUAAAAUACUGUUAUGAUACGUGGUCUUUGUUACUUCCCUAAUUAUGUUGUUGUAUUAUCAAAAUGUCAAUCGUAUGCGUUCUAAAACUGUGGAUUUGUAUUUAAGCUUACUAAAUUUCGAUUAUGAUCUUGUAUGUCUGACAGAAUCUAAUUUAGAUAGUAGUGUCUAUAAUGAAGAAAUGUUCGAUGGGCGUUACAAUGUGUUUCGUAGGGACAGACUAAAUACUAAUUAUAAAAGUCGGAAAAGAGACGGCGGAGGCGUUGUAAUGGCUGUAAAAAAAUGCUAUGCUGUAUCACGACAAUCACACUGGGACAGUUGCUAUGAGGAUUUGUGGAUUACUAUUAUGCCCACACGAGGAAACGAACUUCCAUUAAACGUGUGUGUCUGUUAUCUUCCACCGUAUCUGGGAACUGCUGAUCUUGAAACGUUUGUCUCCCACUGUCAAAAAAAUAUCCUGGAGUGUACUAAUUCCGGCCCGUUCAUCCUUGUAGGCGACUUUAAUUUACCCGAAAUUGAUUGGUGUACUUCGAUGGGUGUUGCGAAACAUUGUGUGAGUGACAGUAAAAAAACAUGUAUUUUGAAGGAAAUGAUGUCUCUUUGCAAUUUAAUUCAAUUUAAUGAUGUUAAGAAUCAGAAUGAAAGGAUUUUGGAUUUGGUUCUAUCAAAUGUUG